AUGGCGCCCAAGACCGUCCUCGUCACCGGCGCGAACGGCUACAUCGGCAACGCCGUUGCGCGCGCCUUCGUGGCCGCUGGAUGGACGACGUAUGGCCUCGUCAGGUCCCUUUCGGCCGCUACGGCGCUCGCCCAGGAGGAGAUUGUCCCCGUCGUCGGCGCCAUCGACGACCACGCCUCCCACGCCGAUAUCCGGAGCCACCUACCGUCGACCCUCGACGCCAUCGUCUCGGUCACGGAGAACAUUCUCGACUAUGUGCCCCACUACCAAAACACUGUCCAGAUGCUCCGGACUCUGGGAGAGGCUAGCUCGGCAGCCGGCCUGCGACCGCUCGUCAUCUUCACCUCCGGUUGUAAGGACUACGGCGUAGGCCCGCAUUACCACGGAGCGCCAGGCCUGACUCCGCACACGGAGGAAUCGCCCAUAAACACGAUCCCUCUCCUGAAGGACCGAGCGACGUACGCCGUGAGGGUCUUUGAUCACUCCGACGUGUUUGCUCCGGUUCUCGUGAGGCCGACCAACGUCUACGGUCGCAGCUCGAGCUUUUACAAGGCCUUCUUCGACGUCGCGGCCAAGACCGGCGCCGAGGGGAAGCCGCUCCUGUUGCCGGCUGCGCCGAGCACCAUCGUCCACGCCCUUCAUGUCGACGACUGCGCGGAAGCAUACGUUGCCAUUGCCGCACAUCCGAACAGGGCAGAGGUCGAGGGGCAGGCCUUCAACAUCUCAGCCCAGCGGUAUGAGACGGUCGAUGAGGUGGCGCGCGCUCUGGCUGUCGAGUACGGGAUUCAGGGUGGCCUGCAAUACGCCGAGCCCUCUUCUCUGAAGGAGGGAGAGGACCCGUGGCCGCCAGGGAUCAUCAGCUUCCCCCAGUGGACCGACUCGACAAAACUCACGAGACUGACCGGAUGGAAACACCGCCGCCCGCUGUUUCACGAGUCGAUCCACGUGUACCGUUUGGCAUACGAGGCAAGCAGAGCGGCGGGGCAUGAUAACAUCCGCAGGGUCGACGGGUACCUGCAGGCCUGGACAAAACCAGAUUCGGCCUAA